AUGGCGAACUCAUUUCUUGGCGCUAUAUAUAUACAUAGCGGGGACUGGGGAGAGCCAUCAACAACUCGCAGUUUCCGAAUUCUCAAACUCACUGAGUCGACUCACUCUUCUUCUUCUGCUCUCUCUCUCCGAAUUUCCAGGACUCCAUUCUCUUAAGCUUCUUCCUUUUUCUCUCUCCUUCCUCGACGUCCUGCCGGCGAGUGUACCGAGGGAGAGGGAAACGUGCGGCCGCUGUUCUCAGCAUCUUCUGUCGUUGUUUCGAUCCGUUCGCCGUUCGGUUGUUGCUUUAUCGGGACCUGAAAUGGCGUCUCAGCAGAAGAAUGUCGGAAUCCUCGCUCUCGAGAUUUACUUCCCUCCCACCUGCCUCCAGCAGGAAGCAUUGGAGGCUCAUGAUGGAGCCAGCAAAGGGAAAUACACAAUUGGUCUUGGUCAAGAUUGCAUGGCCUUCUGCAGUGAGGUGGAGGAUGUCAUAUCAAUGAGUUUGACCGCUGUUACUUCACUUCUUGAGAAGUAUGAGGUUGAUCCAAAGCAAAUUGGUAGACUGGAAGUUGGAAGCGAGACCGUUAUAGACAAAAGCAAAUCAAUCAAGACAUUCCUGAUGCAAAUAUUUGAGAAAUGUGGAAACACCGACAUUGAAGGUGUUGACUCAACCAAUGCAUGCUAUGGAGGAACAGCCGCAUUGCUUAACUGUGUGAACUGGGUUGAAAGUAGUUCAUGGGAUGGACGCUAUGGCCUUGUUGUAUGCACUGAUAGUGCGGUGUAUGCUGAGGGGCCUGCUAGGCCAACUGGAGGAGCAGCAGCUAUUGCUAUGCUAGUAGGGCCUGAUGCUCCUAUUGUUUUUGAGAGCAAGUUGAGGGCUAGUCAUAUGGCUCAUGUCUAUGAUUUUUACAAGCCUAUCCUUGACAGUGAAUAUCCGGUUGUUGAUGGUAAGCUUUCACAAACUUGUUAUCUCAUGGCCCUUGAUUCCUGCUACAAGAACUUAUGCCAAAAAUAUGAAACAUUGGAGGGCAAACCAUUUUCAGUUGAUGAGGCUAGUUAUUUCGUAUUCCAUUCUCCUUACAACAAGCUUGUGCAGAAGAGCUUUGCUCGACUGAUAUUCAAUGAUGUUGUGAGGAAUGCCAGCUACAUUGAUGAAGCAGCCAAGGAAAAGUUGUCACCAUUUUCAUCCUUAACUGGUGAUGAAAGUUACUCAAACCGUGAUCUUGAAAAGGCAUCACAGCAAGUUGCAAAACCAUUCUAUGAUGCAAAGGUGCAGCCAACAACAUUAGUACCCAAACAAAUUGGAAACAUGUACACAGCAUCUCUCUAUGCAGCUUUCAUCUCGCUUCUCCACAACAAGCAUGACACUUUGCCUGGGCAACGGGUGAUACUGUUCUCAUAUGGCAGUGGAUUGACAGCCACAAUGUUUUCCCUCCGCCUUCGGGAGGCUCAGCAUCCUUUCAGCUUGUCAAACAUUGCAUCCAUCUUGAACGUUGCAGGCAAGUUGAAGGCAAGGCACGAGUUUACUCCUGAAAAAUUCGUCGAGUUAAUGAAAGUAAUGGAGCACAGGUACGGCGCAAAGGACUUUGUGACAAGCAAGGAUUGCAGCCUCCUAGCUCCGGGAACCUAUUAUCUCACUGAGGUCGAUUCCAAGUACCGGAGAUUCUACGCACAGAAAGCGAAGGAUGCAGGCACUGCCGCCUUGGCCAACGGCCACUGAGGUGUUGGUAGAUGCAGGGUGUAAGGCCAUGAAGUUGGCUGGCUUGUGAUCUCUUAGUUUGUCAGCAAAUAGGAGAAACAAUCAUUGUGGUGUGAGUUUAUUUGGCAGAUAAGUUGCUCAGAUCAGUUUUAUUUCGACAACAUUCAUGUACUAUGUUUGAAAAGUUCAUUGUACUUGUUAUAAUUGAAUGAUACAAGAUUCAAUACCAAAAAUAUAUCUGUUUGAUAUCA